AGGUUACAGUGGGUAGUUGAGGCCAAAAAAUAAUAAGUAGAUAGGAACCUUUUAAUGUGGCUCAACCUACGCUACUCCGGACAGUUUUAGUGAAACACCAACAAUAUUUUCCGGCGGACUAUUUGAAAUUGUAUUUGUUUACACUGAGUAGACAUAACAAACAAUCAGAAGAUUUACAAACCUUUUUGUCGUUUAAAUUGGAACAGAUUAAAUCGUGGUGUGUCGUGAGUAACGCGUAUGUCAUGGUAAAUAACGCCCACAAUCGCAGUCUUUCGUCUCAGAGCUGCAGCCUUUUCGUUAUGACCUCUGGUCCGAGUCUGAAAAAGAAAAACUACUUGGGGCAACACCAAAUCAAAAAGAAAAUAAGCAUCAACAUUAAUGAUGAGCUGCCAGACAGAGACAGACCGUUGGAGAAAACCUGCCAUCUCUCAGAUAAAUCAAGUAAACUAAUGACCAAUGCAAAGGAGGAACACGUGUUAGGGGAGUCCACCAUUGCUCCGGAUAAAGAGAUACUGCAAGUGUUUGAUGUUUUUCCUCCUGUGAAGGACACACUAAACAAACAUGUUCAGGAGGAACUGCUGUCAUCAGAUGCCUCUGUACCAGACUUAGCACCAGCAGCAUACAGUAAAAAGGAUAUGGAUGCCACACAGGUAAAAGUCGGGGCAUUUUUCACAGAGAGUGGACCCCAUACGGCCUUUAGUCCUCAGGAGGAAGACAGUCGACAUAGAAGGGACUGUAGGAGACCAGGAUGGAGAGCUGAAUGCAAAGAACUUGCUCAUAAACUACUCUUCUGCGAGGAUUCUGGGAAUAAGAAGGACACUCAAACAGAUCAUUCAGAUCCUUCACAUUGCGUCAAAGCUCAAGAAACUCAAAGCAGCCUAGAAGCAAGAACAUCCGGCAAAGAUUACCUUGGAAGAAGACGCUCUCCUCUCCGUGGGUCAAGCCAGACUUCCAGUGCACCUCUGAAUGUCUCGAGCGACUAUAUCUUGUUUAGCCCUACACGUCUUGCAGCCGCUAUAAAGAGAUCCAAACUGCAGAGAUCAAUUCAAAAUCAGUCUGUUUCUGUUCUCACAGUCCCCAGCGGUUUGGAGCUCAGCACUCUCAACGAUACUUUACCAAAGCCAGGCAUUGGAUUGUGUGCCCCUGUAGAGCACGCUGAAAAGCUGCUGCUCUCCAGCUGGGGUUUACCCAAGCCUGUUUUAGAGCGAUACCAGAAACAUGGAGUGACUCAGAUGUUUGAGUGGCAAGCUCAAUGCCUUACUGUGGGACAGGUGCUGCAGGGAGGAAAUUUGGUGUAUUCUGCACCUACAAGCGCUGGCAAGACCCUGGUGUCUGAGCUUCUGAUGCUAAAGCGUGUGUUAGAAACGAAAAGAAAAGCUCUCUUCAUUCUGCCAUUUGUUUCUGUGGCCAAAGAGAAGAUGCAGUACCUUCAGAGUGUGUUUCAAGAGGCGGGAGUCCGUGUGGAGGGGUACAUGGGCAGUACUUCAGCAGCAGGAGGGUUCACAACUCUGGAUGUGGCUGUUUGCACCAUAGAAAAAGCAAAUUCUCUAGUUAAUAGACUCAUUGAGGAAGACAACAUGGCUCUUCUAGGCAUGGUGGUGGUAGAUGAAUUACACAUGGUUGGAGAUUCUGGAAGAGGUUACCUACUGGAAUUGCUUUUGACCAAAAUCCUCUACAUCUCUCAGAAGCAGAAAACGUCAGGGUCUCUCUCUGAAGGUGUGCAGAUAAUCGGCAUGAGUGCCACUCUGCCAAACUUGGCCCUCUUGGCUGGCUGGUUAGGUGCAGAGCUUUACCAGACAGACUACAGACCUGUUCCUCUGGAGGAGCAUCUCAAGGUGGGCUGCAGCAUCUACGACAGGAGCCUCUCUGUGGUCCGCCAGUUCACCCCUGUGCUGCACGUCAAGGGGGACGAUGACCACAUUGUGAGCCUGUGUUAUGAAACGGUGAGGCAAGGUCACUCUGUGCUUCUGUUUUGCCCGUCAAAAAACUGGUGCGAGAAACUCGCAGAUACCAUUGCAAGGGAGUUCUACAAUAUCAGACUUUCUGAUGGUAAAGCUGAACCUCUGCCGGUGUGUCUGGAUCAUGACGGACUCAUGGACGUUUUAGCUCAGCUUAGAAGAACUCCAGCUGGGUUAGAUCCUAUCUUGCAGCGCACUGUGCGGUGGGGAGUGGCCUUCCACCAUGCUGGUUUGACCUUUGAUGAGCGUGAUGUGUUGGAAGGAGCUUUUCGCCAGGGCUUGGUCAGAGUCCUUUCUGCCACCUCUACUCUGUCUUCGGGGGUCAAUCUUCCAGCCCGCAGGGUCAUUAUACGAACACCAACAUUCAAUGGACACUUGCUGGACCCACUCACAUACAAACAGAUGGCUGGACGAGCAGGAAGAAAAGGAGUGGACACUAGAGGUGAAAGUUUGCUUGUAUGUAAGAAGGCAGAGGAAAAGAAAGGGGCUAGUCUUCUAAGAGGUUCUCUUCAGCCAAUCAGCAGCUGCCUGGUCAGACGAGAAGGUGAAGGAGUCGCCACAAGCAUGCUGAGAGCCAUCCUGGAGAUAAUUGUCGGAGGAGUGGCCUGCACUCCGCAGGAUGUCCAGCGGUAUGCUUCGUGUUCCCUUCUGGCUGCCAGCGUGAGAUGUGACAGCAAAAAGCCGUCUGGCAAAGAGUCCAACAGAGGAGCUAUUGAGGCCUGCGUUGAAUGGCUGAUGGAGAAUGAAUUCAUCAACAUCCAGAAAGAUGAGCAAGAUGAACGAUACUGUCCUACUCAGCUGGGUGCUGCCACUCUUGCUUCCUCACUCUCGCCUCCUGAGGCUUUGGGAAUAUUUGCAGAUCUGCAGCGUGCCAUGAAGGGCUUUGUUUUGGAAAAUGAUCUGCACAUUAUGUAUUUGAUAACCCCACUGUAUGCGGAGUGGACCACUAUUGACUGGUAUCAGUUCUUCUGUUUGUGGGAGCAGCUGUCAUCAUCAAUGAAGAGAGUGGCGGAGCUGGUUGGGGUGCAGGAGAGUUUCCUUGCACGAUCAGUUAGUGGCAAGCUUGUUGCAAAGACAGAAAAGCAGAGUAGACAAAUGGCAAUCCAUAAAAGGUUUUUCACUACUCUGGUUCUCCAGGAUCUGGUUAAUGAAGUACCUUUGGGAACAGUUGCAUCUAAAUACAACUGCAAUCGUGGGCAGCUGCAGUCUCUCCAGCAGUCUGCUUCCACAUAUGCUGGUAUGGUAACAGUGUUCUGCAAGCGUCUGGGCUGGCACAACAUGGAGAUGCUGUUAUCUCAGUACCAGACCAGGCUGAGCUUUGGGGUGCAGAGGGAGCUUCUUGACCUGGUCAGGGUUUCUCUUCUGAAUGCAACCCGUGCCAGGGCGCUGUACGCCCAAGGACUCUGUACGGUUGCAGAACUAGCCAGGGCGACAGUGGCUGAUGUGGAGAAAGCUCUGCGGAACUCAGUCCCAUUUAAGAGCUCUAAACGUGCAGUGGAUGAAAGUGAAGUGGAAGCAGCUGAGAGAAGAAGCCUUCGCUGCGUGUGGGUCGCUGGUGGACGGGCUCUGACGGAACAGGAAGCAGCUGUUGAGAUAGUGUCGGAAGCCAGGCUUCUCCUUCGAGAAGACCUGGCUCAGUUAGGAGUUCAAUGGGAUCCAGCUGCUCUUCCUGCAGAGGCUUCUGUCGCCUGCAGCCCUGAUGGUCAUUCCAGCAGGGAUUCAGAUACUUCUAAUCAGCUCAAAGAGGAUAGAGAAGGUGGGAAAAGGAUGGUUGUAGGAGAAGAUGGCAAAAAUGAAGACCCGAAUGGAUUGUAUGUCAGAAAAAAAGCUCACACAGAAAGGAAGGAGGAAAAAAUGAGAGCGCACACAAACAAACCAAUCCAAAAUUACACUGAAAAUCCAGAUAGGGCUGUUGAGAGGAAACAUAAUGGGGAGCAUGAAAAGGCAGAUCAGGGAGAGACAGGAAGGGCUACAAGCAAACCAGAUGAUCUUCAAUCAAAACAGCCUGUGCCUGAAAAGAGCUUAACACAGGAGCUGGCUGAGAUCAUAUCCAGCCUUUCACCCCAGCUGCUGCCGCCACCUCCGCCGUCACCUUCUCCGGCACCGCCUCCACGCUUCCGAGCUCCGAUAUCCAGACUAGAGUCUCAACAAAGAGGAGACAGAAGCAUAGCAGUGGAAGAGGGCCUCACAAAGCUAACUACAUCACCUUUGGAGCUUGAGAGGUUAAGGCACUCAAAAGCCUUAAGCAAAGUCCUCCAAUCCAUUCAGUGCAUACAAGAUUCUGUAGACCCUGGUGAGAAAGGAGACUCAAAAACCACCGUGAUUUCCAAUUUACAAAAUUCUAAAUCUCCUGUUGAGGUGUUAAACGCUGCUCAAACCUUUAGCUGUGCACAGGAAAGGGCUCCUGGAUCUACAACUGCACAUAUUUCCAAUUCCGUCCUGUCAGUAUCCCCAGGAUCAGUUGACAGAUGCUCCCCCGAAGCCAAGCGGAGAAAGAUUGAUACCAAAGAGGCAGAGAAGUUUUCCUCACCCGAGUUGUAUGCAGGUGAUGAUAGAGAUGAAGAAGUUGAUGUUCAGGCAAGUUUUGGUGAUAGUUUUGAAUUGGAUACUCAAACAGAAAGAAUAAUUGUUCAACAAACACAUCAACACUCAGAUGAGAGCAGUGCAGGAACAGAUCAGUCAGAAGCUCAACACAUCAGAGAGGAGGAAGCAGCUGGAAAGCAUCUCCAGACUAGUGAUGAGAAAAGGAAUGACAGUCCAGACAGUGCAACCCCCAAAUUCAACAUUUCUCUCACCGAAAGCCAAAUGGAACUCAUCCUGAACACCAGCCAUCAGAAAUCUCCCAGUCCAGCUGCUGGUGACAACAUAGACAAAAGGGAAGAUCCAGGGGCUGCCCCUGAAAGCCCCAACAGAAGCAGCAGUUUGCUGUUUGACAGCCUGUAUGACAGUCCCCUGUUAGAAGCUCUGAGGCCGGAACCGUCCGACGAAGAACCUAACACGGAGGCUGAGCAUCCCUCUACAACCCAGCAGAGGCGACGCAGCGAGCUUUUGGCUAACCAGGAAGCAGAGGAGCAGGAGGGGGUCCGCUGGGGCGAGUCUUUCUUUAACCUGUCAGAGUGGGGCGACUCCCUCCUGGUUGGUGAACACUUUCUGGAGAGGCAGAAUCUGCUGAGAUUCUCAGAGCAGAGUGAAAAAGAGCAGAUGGUGCAGCAGGCGAUCAAGGACCAGGAAGACCAAUCGGGUAAUUUGAUACAAUUUGUCAAUGAAGAACAAGGGGAAGAGCAGAACAUUAUUUCCAGAGGGGAUGACAGGGGAAGGCAGUCAGAUGAGAAGGAAGUAGCUGUUUUGUUAACCGAUGAUGAAAACUGUAAACACCCAAAUGUCCAAAAUCCACAUAAACAAUAUCUUUAUUGUAGCCCUGGAUUACAAGAUAUAUUUGACCGCUGGCCUAGUAUGUCUGACCAGCCUGGCCUAUCAGCCUCUGAAAUGCAAGGCAAUAGCGCAAAUGCAGCAAUUCAACCACAAACUGAUGCAGCAAAAACCGAGCCACAAAUAGGACGGCUCUCAGGAUGUGGGGAUGAAAAUCCAAUGCAUAGGCCAGGCUCUGCUGGGGACCUCAUUCCCCCAACUCAAGAAAGACCACCUGUCACACCAAGAGUAAAGCUGACCACUUCGUCGAUCCAUUCGCAAAGAUCUACCCCUCGGCCACUUAAGCAGUCGACGCCCUCAAACCCUUCUCAAGUGACUUCAGGAAAUGGUAAUCUUCUGUCAGCAGUUGCCUCUGCCAGUAAACGGCAGGAAAACAUCUCACCAAAAAAGGAACUGAAGUCUAUUCCACACCAAAGCUCAAAACCCAAUGCAAAACAGACUGACCAAAACAUCCCACUUCCCACACAGUGUACUUCCCCUUCCUCCCCCGGGCCACGCUCUCCCUCCGACGCCGAGUCACCUGUGAUUCCUGAAGGCUUUUCCCUUCAGUUGUCCCAGGAUGAAACGCUCGGUUGUAGCAAUCCCGGGACGUUCUCCAUCAUCGAUGUAGCGAGUGAUAGGCGACUCUUCGAAACGUUCGUGACAGAGUGGAAAACAAAGGAGCGCUUUGCUCUGGCUUUGGCCUGUGAAAAGAAGGAGCACAGCCAGCAGCAGGAAGGGGAAAUAGGAGGCAAACAUAGGAGAGCUUCUUCAGUAACUAACCUGAAACCCAACGGACCAGAUGGCUUCCCAGUUAGAAACAAUGAAGGACUUGUUUUAAUUGGACUGUCUGUCUGCUGGGGAGCCAGAGACGCAUACUACAUAUCUUUACAAGAGGAGCAGAGCAAAGGUCUGAGCUCCAGUCUGGCUCCUCCUCCACUGGAUGAUGACUUGGUCGUAACUGAACGGUUGAAGCAGGUGAAGGAAUGUCUGGGUGGACAGUCAGUUGACAAUAAAGUACAUGAAGUGGUCGCAUAUGAUAUCAUCCAGGUGUACAAGACACUAGUCCUAAGCUGUGGAAUCAGCUUAGAGGGAAACUGUGAAGAUCCAAAGGUUGCAUGCUGGCUGUUGGAUCCUGGCAGCGAGGAGAGGACUAUUUCCAACAUGGUGACUGUCUACUGUCCAGAAGAACUAGCACUGCUAGAGGGGCUUGGAAAUCCGCAUUCAUACUGUCCUCGUGUCAGAGCAGCAACCAGUAGCGUGCUACUCCACACUGUUAUGAACCACCUCACCGGUCUGCUGGAGAAAGAUGGCACUUUAGAUUUAUUCAGGAACGUAGAGAUGCCCUCCCAGGUUUGCUUGGCUCUUUUGGAACUGAAUGGACUCGGCUUCAGCGUCGAAGAGUGUGAAAGACAAAAGCACGUGAUGCAGGCCAAACUGUCGGCGCUGGAGUCUGAAGCGUACACUUUGGCAGGUCACAGCUUCUCCCUCACCAGUGUGGAUGACAUAGCACAGGUGUUGUUUUUGGAGCUCCACCUGCCUCCAAAUGGGGAGAUUGGAGGUAUAAGAACUAAGAAGACUCUGGGCUACACCAGAAGAGGCGGUGGCAGAGUAAGAUUUGGGAAGCAAUUCAGCACUACCAAGGAUGUUCUGGAGAAGCUUCGUCCCCUCCACCCACUGCCGGGGGUCAUUUUGGAGUGGAGACGGAUCACCAAUGCCUUAACAAAGGUGGUGUUCCCCCUGCAGAGGGAAAAGCAAUAUCACCCCACACUGAAGAUGGACAGAAUAUACCCCAUAGCCCAGACUCACACAGCCACAGGCAGAGUAAGCUUCACUGAGCCCAACAUACAGAACGUUCCCAAAGACUUUGACAUUAAAAUGCCCACCAUGGUAGAUGAGAGCCCACCCUCACAAAACGCCCCUCACAGACCAGGAAAGAAAAGGCGACCUUUGACACCAGCUCUUACCCGUGGACUUGCAGAACAAGGGCCAGCUUUCUCUGUCAGCAUGAGACAUGCUUUCGUUCCUUUUUCAGGUGGAAUGAUAUUAGCGGCUGACUAUUCACAGUUAGAGUUAAGAGUGCUGGCUCACCUAUCAAAGGAUCAGCGCCUCCUUCAGGUGCUGAAUGGAGGAGCAGAUGUGUUUCGAUGCAUUGCCGCAGAGUGGAAAAAUGUUGACCCAGAGUCUGUGCAAGACAACCUCAGGCAACAAGCUAAGCAGAUUUGCUAUGGCAUCAUCUAUGGAAUGGGAGCUAAGUCUCUGGGGGAGCAAAUGGGAGUGGAGGAAAAUGAUGCAGCGUGUUACAUCGAGAGUUUCAAGGCCAGAUACAAAGGGAUCAAUGCUUUUCUUAAGCAGACAGUGAAAAACUGUAUAAAAGAUGGCUUUGUCCAGACACUGAUGGGCCGCAGGAGGUACUUACCUGGAAUUCUCAGCUCUAGCCCCCACAUCAGAGCACACGCUGAGCGGCAGGCAGUCAACACAACCGUGCAGGGUUCAGCAGCGGAUAUAGUAAAACUCGCUACUGUGAACAUCCAGAAACGGCUACAGAAAACGUAUCCCGCCGCGCCACCUUCUCACCAGCACCUUCACACAGCUCGUAAUCAGCGCAGGGCUGUCAGGGGAGCCUACUUCAUCCUGCAGCUGCACGAUGAGCUCAUCUAUGAAACAACACAAGAAGACCUCAUUCAGGUUGCACAGAUCGUCAAGAGGGAGAUGGAGUCUGCAGUGAAGCUGUAUGUGAAGUUAAAGGUCAAAGUGAAGAUGGGCUGCAGUUGGGGGGACCUGCAGGAUCUGGAUAUAUGAAAUGACUGUCAUAGUGUGCAAUUUAGUUUUUACUGUGUAACAUGAGAUGCUGUCUUUUGCACAUAUUUUAAAUACUGUCAGCAAUGAAAUGGAAAAGAAAUGCAUUUAAUUUACAUGUACAUAACCUGUUGAAUGAAUGUACGAAUGCUUUUACUUGAGUGGAGCUACAUUUCGUGGAUUUUGUGCCACAGUUAUGAACAUUAAAUAUUUGUGAAAAAGUGAUGUUUUAAGACUUUAA